AUGGGGCUCACAGGAACCCCAGCAGGCACUUGGAAGUUGGGGGGCCGGGUUCUGGAGAAGGAGCUUCCUGGAAGGCUUCUCUGUGAUGUGGCUCAGGAGGAAGAUAUGAGGACCCUCGUUUCUAAGACCGUCUGCCGUUUUGGCUGCUUGGAUUGUGUGGUCAACAACGCUGGCUACGUGAGUCACCCGCCUCCGCAGUGGCCCGAGGAGACCUCCGCCCAGGGCUUCCGACCGCUGCUGGAGCUGAACCUGCUGGGGACGCCCACCUCGACCAAGGGGAAGCUCGCCCUCCCCCACCUGCGGAAGAGCAGGGGGAAUGUCAUCAACAUUUCCAGCCUAGUCGGGGCAAUUGGCCAGUCCCAGGCAGUUCCCCAUGUGGCCACCAAGGGAGCACUAACAGCUGUGACCAAGACCAUGGCCCUGGAUGAUCAAUAUGGCGUCCAAGUCAACUGUAUCUCCCCAGAUUCCAUGUGGGAGGAGCUGGCAUCCUCAUCACCCACCCCCAAGGCCACAGUACUGCAGGGCACAGUGGCCCAGGGAGGACCCCUGGGCCACAUGGGCCAGCCAGCGGAGGUGGGGGCCGCCGCGGUGUCCCUGGCCCCCAAACCCAGCUUCUGCGCAGGCAUUGAGCUGCUGGUGACUGGGGGUACGCCAGCUAGAGACAUCACGCACAUUUACGAGUGUGCCAAACCCGGCGGGUUCCCGUAA